AUGACGUCUCGAUCGGAAAAGGAGCGGACCAAGCAAAUCCAGGAUAAAUGUCAGGAUCUUCUAACUCAAAUGCUACGGGACGAAGAUAACAAAUAUUGUGUAGAUUGUGAUGCUAAAGGACCAAGAUGGGCCAGCUGGAAUCUUGGAAUAUUUCUUUGCAUAAGAUGUGCUGGUAUACACCGAAAUCUUGGAGUUCACAUUAGCAAAGUUAAGUCUGUAAAUUUGGAUACUUGGACUCCGGAACAAGUUGUGAGUCUACAACAAAUGGGAAAUUCUCGAGCUCGUGCUGUCUAUGAAGCUAAUUUACCAGACACUUUUCGACGACCUCAAACAGAUUGCAGUCUUGAAAGUUUUAUUCGUGCUAAAUAUGAACAUAAGAAGUAUAUUGCGCGUGAAUGGGUACCACCAACAAUGCCAAAAGUUAAUUGGGAAAAAGAGCUAGAUGAGGAGGCUGAAAAACAGCGGCGACGAAAGAAGGAAAGUAUUAAAACUAAUGUAAAUCAAAAUCCAUUGCCGCCAGUUAAAAAACCCGAAGUUAUGCCACAAUUGCCAAAGCCCGGUAGUUCAAUAAGUCCAAAAGCAGCUUCGAAAUCAAACAGCAGUACAGCAACCCUCGAUUUACUGGGACUCGACAGUCCGUCUGCUCAAUCUACAAACUCAAAUAAUUCCGGAGAUGAUAUAUUUUCAUCAUUUUUGUCUGCAACCCCAGCAACAUCAUCAUUAACAUCUGAAAGUGUUGUUAAUGGUACUACUAGUAGUAGUAAUACUAAUAAUAAUAAUAAUAAUAAUAAUAAUAAUAAUAAUAAUAGUAAUAGCAAUAGUAAUUCAGCAGAAAGUACUUUGAGUAAUAAUGAGGCGAGUAAAGCCGAUGAGGAAAGUUUUUUCAAUCAACCAGCACCGAGUCAAGAGGAAAAAAGUAAAAUGACCAAAGACAGUAUUCUCGCCCUCUAUGGAAAUCAAACACAGCACCAGCAACAACAACAACAGCAACAGCAACAGCAACCGGUUUACGGUCUUUUUGCUCAGCAAUUUCCUCAAUCAUUCUCUGGCGUAGGAGUGUUUGGUCAGCAAGCUAAUUUUAUCAGUCAACCAUCUCAACCACAACAACCACAGCAACAAAACAAUCUGGUUAUGGGUCCUAUGAUACAGCACAACAGUGUACCUCCUCAGCACGGUAUUGCUAUCUCCAAUCACCACAUUAAUUUAUCAACAAAUCCCAUGGGCCUUGUAGCUGCAAAUAAUCAAUUGGGAGGAUUACAAAUGGCUUCGAUUAACCAAAUCGCCAGUGUACCCAACCCAGCGAUGCUCAUGCAAGCACAAGUUGGUGACAAUAACUUGCCUGUAAUGACUUCGCAGAUGGUACAAAUAGCGCCAACUAAUAUUAUGAGUAAUAAUGGAUGGAGUAACAUGUUAACAACACAAAAUAUUCAACCGGCGCCGGGCAGUAACCCAUUCUUUAAUUUGGCUUCACAAACCGCUACUAAUAAUACUUUCUCGUCACAGUUGUCUCAGCAGAUGUCUCAAAUGUCCUUGGGUGGAUUGGUGGGAAAGCCAGCACCUGCUACACUGCCUGGUCAAACGCUCUCGACUAACUUAUGGCAGUAA